GAUUAAGAACGUGAUGUGUUCCUAUCUGUUUCCCUGCAGGAGUGUACUGAUUAUCCACUGUCAUGACCAAUCAGAGCUGCCAGGAACAGUUCAUCUUUGGGUUUUCAGACAGACCCAGGCUAGAGCAGAUCCUCUUUGUGUUUGUCCUCAUCUUCUACCUUGUGACUUUAGUGGGCAACAUUGUCAUUAUCUUGGUUUCCCGCUGGGACCCCUGCCUCCAUAUGCCCAUGUACUUCUUCCUCACCAACUUGUCCUUCUUAGAUCUCUGCUUUACCACCAGUUCCAUCCCCCAGCUGCUUUUCAACUUAAGCAGCCCAGACAAGACCAUCAGUUACACUGGUUGUGCCAUCCAGCUCUUCAUGUUCCUGGGACUGGGUGGCACAGAAUGUGUUCUCUUGGCAGUCAUGGCUUAUGACCGCUUCGCUGCAAUCUGCAAGCCCCUCCACUAUUCAGUCAUUAUGCACUCUCAGCUCUGUGGGAAACUGGUGUCUGUGGCCUGGGGAGUUGGGCUUCUCAACUACCUGGUUAAGUCUCCAGUGACUAUGAAGCUGCCACGAUGUGGGAGAUGUAGGGUGAAACAUUUUCUGUGUGAGAUGCCAGCUCUGAUAAAAAUUGCCUGUGUGGACACAGUGGCUGUGGAGAGCACCAUUUUCAUCUUAUCAGUAAUAAUUGUCCUAGUGCCCCUGUCGCUUAUCCUCAUCUCUUACGGCUAUAUUGCCCUAGCGGUGCUGAGGAUCAAGUCAGCAGCAGGAAUAAGGAAGGCUUUCAACACAUGUGGGUCCCAUCUCACUGUAGUCUCCUUGUUUUAUGGGAAUAUUAUCUAUAUGUAUAUGCAACCAGGAAAUAAUUCGUCCCAGGACCAAGGGAAAUUCCUUACUCUCUUCUACAACUUGGUGACCCCCAUGUUGAACCCUGUAAUCUACACGCUGAGAAACAAGGAUGUAAAGGGUGCACUGAAGAGGCUUGUGUCAGGAAAGUAA